UUGGAUCCAUUUUUGAUCCCAUACCCUAAACUAAACCCUCCCUCACCCCUUCACCCUUCACUCGUGUAUAGCUUUUCCAAAACUCAACCAAACAAACUUCUCCACUUCACGCCACGCUCAGAGAAAAAAAGUGUUCUUUCAGUUUUCCACAAACCAAAACACUUCUCACUCCUUUCACAAUCUCAACAACUCCUUCAAGCCCAGGUUUAAGAACACAUGGCCGAGGAUCGCGCGUCUGAACCACCCUCUAUUCCUCCACGCGCCUCCAUUCCCUCCGGCGACAACUCCGUUUGGGCCGAUGUGUCCCCUCUCCUCCACGCCGCGUGCCAAGAUCUUCAAGAGGGAGAGCUUAUUCAUGGAGACAACUUCAAUCUUUUUGCUGCCAUGUCCGCGUUGGAGAUAAUGGACCCGAAGAUGGAUUCUGGUAUUGCUUGUACAUACUAUUCUCUCGAUGAAGCCAUUGAGAAUGGCGUUGCUCCUGUUCCUGUUAGUGCUGAUAAAACUACCGACGUUCAAUGCGUGAUUGACAUCAUAGAUCAUCUACUAGCUUGUGAGGCGACAUGGCACAAGGGUCAUUCCCUGGCACAAACUGUCUAUUCUUGCCUCUAUCUCCUACGACCUGAGAGGACAUUGCCGCAUGCCCUGCUGCACUCUUACUGUAAAGUCAUCAGUGCAACCUGCAAAGCAAUCCUUUCAGUCGUCUCUGAAGCUCGAACACAUGAAGAAGAGGAUCUAUUUACCAUGGCAUAUGGCCUACCCUUGAGUGGAGAUGGAGAUGAAAAGUGUUUAUCAUUGCUAAAUGCUGUCGAAGAAAUGAUAUCUCGCCAAUUGCGUUCUUGUAAGGCUUCAUCAUCAAAGAGAAGAGUAUCAGAAGAUAUUGAGCAACUUCAAAAUAAUCCUGAUCUGGAAGAAGGCUACUGCAAAGCGCUGUUGUGUCGAUUACGUUUUCGUAAGCAUUUUUACCAUCUUUUGAUGUCUAUGAAACGACCCCAAGGACGAGGUUUGGAGCUGGCAAGGAAACACAUAGCAUCAUGCAUUUCAGAGAUUGACUACAUAAAAAAAUCUUCAGAUUUUCUUAGAGUUAAUGCUCAUGGAAUGUCUAAGCAAAACUUAGAGAAUACAACUGCAUCAGGUUGUCAACCAAUUGGCUUUGAUGCUAGUUUAAACAGUAGAUUAUCUGCCCCAACACCACCAAGGUCAAUCAAAAUUCUUUGUUGGGAAAAGGCCCUUGAAUAUUUCAUGAAACUCCUUCAAGACCUAGAUGCUAUAUGUUCCUACACAUUGGUCCCAUCAUUGGAAGCUGCUUUACUUUUUGUGGUUAAAUUCCAGAAAUCUAAGCCUGAUUUGGUUGCUAGAGCCCAUCUUCAGCUUCUGCUGGUCCAGGACGGGAAACUCUAUGGUCGAGAUCCUAUUUUUUCUAUGAUCACUAGAGCUGCUGGAUUACCUGAAGUUGCAGAGAUGCAUGACAUUCAGAAAAAUGAAUUUAUGGUGCAACUAGGACAGUUGGUGAUAAAUUUACUCAAAAUUCUUUGUACAAAUGCUGCAUGGCAGAGGCGCAAGCUAGGGAAAAUGUUACAAGACUGGCGCGUCACCUAUGUACAGCUGGAGAUGGCUUUUAAAGGAGAGUUUGAAGAAGCCUCAAAAACUUCAAACAAUAAGAAAGUAUGUUUCAAAAUAUACCAACACAUUCUCGCAUGGGUAGAAGAGCAAACUUAUUGGAUAGCUUUUCGGUUUCUGAAUUUGGGAUUUGAACUGGAACUCUACUCUGUUCAUGAUUAUUGCAUGGUAUACUGGUAUACUUAUGUUGUGUUGAUAAAGCUUGCGGAGAAGAAACAUCUCCGGAUGUCAAUGAGCAGUGACUCUGCUAAGAAAAAGACAAAGAAAAAAAGGGAUUCUUUUAAGGAUGGAGAAAUGGAUUAUCAGAUCUCUGCAGCUGUUUUGUUUCUUCAAAGCCAAAUAUAUCUAUCUGAAGGGCUAAGCAUGAUGUUCGCUGCUUUGAGGAAUGAGCACAGAAUAGUUCCGCUGCAAAGCCCGUUCAACACAGAACAUGAGAUAUUUGUUCAGCAAUUCGAGCUUUUACAGAAAGCGUGCGUUCCUGAUCACGUCUCAUAUGCGACGUUCAAAGAGUCCACUAUGCAUGCUAACUUCGCUACCCUAGCCAUAUGUGAUUACUUCAAGGAAGCUCAGAGGAUAGCAAAAGAGGUGAAAAGUAGUUUUGCGAAUGACCCUGACACAAUGGCUGAGCUGCGCAGAAUAGAGCAAGUAGCAGAACGGAACAGCAUUGCCUUGAAUGUCUGCAGGGCAGGAGCCCUUGACCCAAAGUUGAAGAUUUCUUUUGCAUUUUGUCACCAUCCUUUCUAUGCUACUGCUAUUGUGAAAAGAUCAUGAUAGUUGAUUCAUUCAACCAAUUUUGAAACAUAUUUAGAUUGUUAGGAGCAUGAGUUGUGUCGUUAGCAGUUGUAACACUAAUAUAUUCAAACAAUUUUGUGGUUCACAUAUUAGAUUGCAAUUGUAAUUUUUUUUCAUAAAGAAAUAAAAAAAUAUUUAUGCUAA